AUGCCUGACCAGGACAAAAAGUUGAAGAGCACAGAAAAAGCAGCAGCCAAAAAGCCUCAUGGGAUCUCUAUGAGGGAUUAUUCUGGUCUUAAAAGACUUCUUCAGUCUCUCUUAAAUGUUCACUCAAGCAACGAACAGCUUCCAGCUAUGCAUUUUGAAAGUGGUCAAACCAGUGUGACAGGAGUCAGAAGCAAUGAACAAAAACCCCAUGGCCAAUGGCAAGAGUCAACAGAAGCUGUUGAGCUUGAAAACUUUAGUGUGACCUACAUGAAUGAGAGAAAUUUUAGCAAACAUCCCAAUCAUAAGCUGUUUCAAGAGAUCUUUGCAGCGUUAGUUAAGAACAGACUUGCCUGCAGGGAGUGGGUUAAUCAAGCUCGGUCCCUCCAUUUUCUUAGAGUAUUAAUCUGCCUGAGAUUAUUCAUGAGGGAUCCAUGCUAUCAGGAAAUGCUGCACAGCUUGGGUGGGAUUGAAAAUCUAGCUCAGCAUAUGGAAACGGUAGCAAAUGGCUAUGUUGAUUAUGGAGAAGAGUGCCAUAAUGUAGACAAGCUGGUCAACAUGACAUACAUUUUCCAAAAGCUUGCUGCUGUUAAAGAUCAAAGAGAAUGGGUUAUAGCAAGUGGAGCACAUAAAACCUUAGUAAAUUUGUUGUCUGCCAAAGACACCAAUGUGCUUUUGGGUGCCCUCCUUGCUCUGACUAGCCUAGCCGAAAGUCCAGAAUGUAGGGUGAAGAUAAGUGAGCUCACCAUUGUUGAGAACUUGCUGGUGAUAUUACAUGAAUACGAUUUGCUUUCUAAAAGGCUCACAGCAGAGUUACUACGUCUCCUCUGUGCAGAGUCACAGGUCAAAGAGCAAGUAAAAAUGUAUGAAGGAGUUCCAGUCUUGCUCGGUUUACUCCAUUCUGAUCAUAUCAAACUUCUAUGGAGUAUAGUUUGGAUACUGGUACAGGUUUGUGAAGACCCUGAGACUAGUGUGGAAAUCCGAAUUUGGGGUGGAAUCAAGCAGCUCCUUCAUAUAUUACAGGGGGAAAGAAAUCUUGUUUCUGAUCGCUCUUCAGUUGGAAGUUUAUCCAGUGCAAACGCAGCAGGGAGGAUCCAACAUCUUCAUUUGUCAGAUGAUUUGAGUCCUGAUGAGAUGGAAGAAAAUACUUUUUCCCUUCAAGCAGCUUGUUGUGCUGCAAUUACUGAACUGGUGCUCAAUGAGACUAAUGCUUACCAGGUUGUACAGGCAAAUGGAAUAUAUACAAUAGCAAAGCUGAUUUUACCAGACAAAGGAAGGAAUGCUGAAAAAGGGAAUUUAUUACAG